AUGGACAAGCGCCAUGUGUUAGCUUUAUUUCUCGUCAUAACUCUGUGCGGCAGCCUGUUCUUGAUCUACCACGCUGGUUUCCAUGGUACCACCGCCGUGGCGGGGAGGUCCAGAGACAGGAGUGAUGCAGCGAGGAGAAGCUGGCAGACAGAGCAGCAGCAGACCACCAAAACCCCACCUCCUCACCCCACAGUCCUACAGGGAUACAGCAGUAUCAUCGACCACAAGCCUCUGAAGAUGCACUGCCAUAGCUGUGCGUUGGUCACCAGCUCUGGUCACCUGAUGGGUGGUGGUCGCGGCGAGGAGAUUGACCGGGCAGAGUGUGUCAUCCGUAUGAACGACGCCCCCACGGCGCUGGGCUACGGGCGAGACGUCGGGCGCCGCACCUCGCUACGCGUCAUCGCUCACUCCAGCAUGCAGAGGGUCCUACGGAACCGCCACGAACUGCUCAACGCAUCCCAGGACACAGUGUUUAUCUUCUGGGGGCCCAGUAGUUACAUGCGGAGAGACGGGAAGGGUCUGGUCUACAAUAACCUGAGGUUGAUGAACCAGGUGCUGCCCAAACUGAAGGUCUACAUCAUCUCCUGGCAGAAGAUGCUGCAGUUUGACGAACUCUUCAAGAGGGAGACGGGUAAGGACAGGCGUAUCUCUAACUCGUGGUUGAGUACUGGUUGGUUCACUAUGACCAUAGCUCUGGAGCUGUGUGACCGGAUCAAUGUCUAUGGCAUGGUGGCUCCAGACCACUGCAGAGAGCCCCAGCCCCCGUCCUCCCCCUCCCCCUACCACUACUACGAGCCCCUCGGUCCAGAGGAGUGUGCCAUGUACAUCAGCCAUGAGCGAGGCCGCAGGGGCAGCCAUCACCGCUUCAUCACAGAGAAGAGGGUCUUCACCAGCUGGGCUCGGACCUUCAACAUCCACUUCUACCAGCCUGACUGGGAGCCCCCGCCGCUGACCCCACCAACCGCUGCCCCCCGCUAA